AUGAUUAUGGUGUUUUUCUUGAAGAAUGACGCUGUUUCUGUGAGAACGAGGUCUGGUUGGAAAUGGGGUGAAGGGGGAGGGAAUGGGGAAUUGCUUGAAAAUCUUUAUUUGGUCAAUCACUGGAUUGCAACAUCUGGCUCGCGUUUGGUGGUGAAUCGCCGACGCCAAGAGGGCAAUCCGGUGUUGAAGUACGUAAGAAAUGUCCGCUAUGAAUGGGGUGAUAUAGGAACGGAUUUCGAGUGUGGACCAACAUGCGGAGUACUGUACUUGGCAUUGAAGUAUCAUAAACUGCAUCCCAACUACAUCCUUACCCGAUUAUCAGGAAAAGAGGAGAACAAAUAUGCCUGCAAGAUACUUCUCGCUCUUUGCAAUGUUGAUGAACCGAGACACACGCUCAGAGAGUUGAAUUUGUUAUGCUAUCGCAUGGAUUGGACCCUUGUACUGUGCUACUCGGUUGAAGAAGCUGCUGAAUACAUCGAAAAUCUGAAGUUAGCUGACAACAGGGAUCCAACCUUCAAGCUUCUGUAUAACUUCGGAACUCUGAAAGCCAUUGCCGAAGCCAGUGAAGAACAGCUAGCAUUAUGUCCUGGGCUUGGCCCAAUUCGUGCCAAGAACCUCUACAAUUACUUAAGAACUUCAUUCACGACAUGA